UUUAAAUACGGCUUCGUAUUGACUGCGCAUGCGCACUAACCCGAGUCGGCUCCGCUGCUGUUUUCUGUCUUCUUACCUCGCGUUUAGAACUUGUUUUUGCUGCAAAUGUUGCAACGGACAGAAGCCCAAAGCCACAUCGGUGAAAUGAAAUGACGUCCAUUCAUUCGCGUCGGUUGCUCACGCGAGGCGAGACGAGACGCUGGAUUGGCUCUGCGUUGGCUCGGUUUGACUGAUGUUCUCCAGUUUUGAGAUGAUCUAUUUUUGCGAUGGCGAAGGGGCUGUUUCCACGGGCCUGGGUGAAGAAGUCGUUCUAUUUCCAGGCUCGGAUCUCUUUUGUAAGGGUGAAGUACUUGUUCCUCACUUGGCUGACGGUGCUAGUGGGGAGUUGGGUGCUCUACGUGCAAUACUCAGCCUACACAGAGCUGUGCAGAGGACGCCAGUGCAAAAACGCCAUUUGUGACAAAUACAAAAGAGGGAUCAUCGAUGGCUCGGCUUGCAGCAGCCUGUGUGAUAAAGACACCUUCUACAUGAGCAGAUGUUUGUCAACGUUCCCCAACAAUCAGGUAUACACGGGGAGCUGGGGCGAUCGCGAAGGGAUCAUUCGCUGUCGUUUGGGGAAAGUUACACACGACGAGCUGGGCGAAGAGCCGGAGCCUCAGCGGGAGGCGCCAGCGUUCGAUACUCCAACUAGGGGCACGUCGGUGGAGAAGUUCCGGGAGAUGGUCUUUAAUCACGUCAAGUCCAAGCUUGGGGAUCAGGCCAACCUCGGCAGUUUGGUGAGCGUGAUCCUGUCGGUGGCGGACGGCAACAAAGAUGGAAAAGUUUCCCUGCCGGAGGCUCGUUCCAUGUGGGCGCUUCUACAGAUUGAUGAGGUUCUACUGGGUUUGCUUCUCCAAGAACGCGGCCACACCCCUCGCCUCCUGGGCUACUGCGGCGACUUGUACAUGACUGAACGGGUACCCCAUGGCCCCCUGUACGGUCUGUCUGUCCCCCAGCCAUCAGUCUCUUGGCUCCCAGGUGGCUUCCGGCGUGCGACCGACCGGUGGUUGGCCCCCUCGUGGCCCCGCAAAGCAAAGAUCUCCAUGGGCCUCCUGGAACUGGUGGAGGACAUCUUCCACGGCACUUACGGCAGCUUCUUUAUCUGCGACAUGGCGGCGGCGCGUUUCGGAUACACCGACGGCCACGAGCUGCGGCUGACAGACGCUCGGGCGCUGGUGCCCGAGAGCCAGUUUCGUCAGGGGAUGCGGGCACUGAGCUGCCGCACGGAUGAAGACUGCGUGUACGGCGCCGACUGCCGGACAGCGUGCGACGCUGUGCGGCGACGCUGCGGAGAGGAGCCGCUCAGGCCUAAUUUGGCCAAAGUGUGCGGCGCGCUGAAGGACUACCUGCUGCACGGGGCGCCGGGCGCCCUGCGGGAGGAGCUGGAGAGGCACCUGUACGCCUGCAUGGCCCUCAAGGGCAAUGCCGUGCAGUUGAACAUGGAGCACUCGCUGCUGCUCAAUAACUUGAAGUCUCUGCUGUGGAGACAGAUCUCCCACACCAAGGAUUCGUGACCGGCAGCUAGUCAGGUCUAGCAAUACUGUGAGAUAAUGUCAAGGAGAGCACAUGGAGGUUCUUAUAAAGGUACACAGCUGCCAGUACUUUACUAUAUAUAUUUUUUAGGGCUGUCAAACGAUAAACAUUUUUAAUCGAGUUAAUCACAGCUUAAAAAAAUAAUCGUAAUUAAUCGCUAUUCAAACCAUCUAUAAAAUAUGCCAUAUUUUUCUGUAAAUUAUUGUUGGAAUGGAAAGAUAAGACACAAGACGGAUAUAUACAUUCAACAUACUGUACAUAAGUACUGUAUUUGUUUAUUAUAACAACAAAUAAAAACGAUGGCAUUAACAUUAUUAACAUUCUGUUAAAGUGAUCCAUGGAUAGAAAGGUUUGUAGUUCUUAAAAGAUACAUUUUAGUACAAGUUAGAGAAAUUUUAUAUUAAAACCACUCUUAAUGUUUUUGUUUUAAUAAAAUUUGUAAAAUUUUCAAUCAAAAAAUAAACUAGUAGCUCGCCAUUGUUGAUGUCAAUAAUUACACAAUGCUCAUGGUGCUGAAACCCAUAAAAUCAGUUGCAUCCAAGCGCCAGCAGAGGGCGACAAAACACCAAAAAACACACGUAACAAAUGGACAUGACACUGUGCUGUCAUUUUAAUCUGCUUGAGCGCGGCAUGUGCGUUAAAUGCGUCAAAUAUUUUACCGUGAUUAAUUUAAAAAAUUACCGCCCGUCAACGCGAUAAUUUUGACAGCCCUAAUUUUUUUUUUUUACAGUGUACUGACGCAAAAGGUUUAGAAUGUUAUUUUUUAGGGCCAACCUAUACUGCACAUUUUUACACAUUUACAGGGGAGCUUCAGUUUAGUUCAGUUAAACCUAAAAAAAUAUAAGUGAAAAUGUAAAUAUAUAUCUGAAAUCUUGAAAUACUGAAGAUUAAUUACAAGAAUUUCAUAAAUGUCAAAGGCUUUGACCACUGAAUGCCAGGCAGGGAAUGAAUUAAUAUUAGUUUGUGGAAGAUUCCCAUUUGAUGUGAUGAAUUUUGCAUGAUUAUUUGGGAUAUUCAUUUGAGAUGUCGGAACUCAGCAGAUUACACUCGUAUGGGAAAACAUGGAUUAGUAAUGAAGGUUUUUAAAACUUCAAGAACACUGGUUCGGGUUUGUUACACGAUUUCACUGUCAGUUUUCAUGAAUGAUGCUUUUUUUUGUGUGUCACAUUUCCAGUCGGGUUGAUACUUAUUACUCAAUGUGGUAUUACGGGCAUUGCAAGCAACUACACGUGGUGGUCAGUUUGGAAGAUAUGGAAGUUUAUUGCAUUUAUUUAAAAAAAUAUAUUUUCCAAGUUAUUUAUUUUGGAGGGUGCUCUUGGUUUAAUGUACAUUGAGGAAAAUAAGUUUUUGAACACCCUGCAAUUUUGCAAGUUCUCCCACUUAGAAAUGGGUGGGUUUGAAAUUUUCAUGGUAGGUGCUUGCCCACUGUGAGUAACAGUCUAAGGAAAAAAUAUCCAGAAAUCACAGUAUGAUUUAUAACAAUUUAUUUGUAUUAUCCUGCUGCAAAUAAGUAUUUGAAAACCUGUCUAUUAGCUAGAAUUGUGAGCUUCAAAGACCUAUUAGUUGCCUUUAAAAAGUCCAACGAAUAAGUAGAGCGGAGGUGGACUUUCUGACUUUUUGACCUGUUUGAGGCAGUUAGCUGCAUAUAAACACCUGUCCACCCCAUGCAAUCAGGAAAAAUCUAAUUCCUAACAUGGUCAAGACCAAAGAGCUGUCCAAAGACGCCAGAGACAGAAUUGUAGACCUCUACAAGGCUGGACAGGAUUUUGGGGCAAUUGCCAAGCAGCUUGGUGAUAUAAAAUCCAACGUAGGAGCAAUUAUUAGAAAAUGAAAGAAGCUAAACAUGAUUGUCAAUCUCCCUCGGACUGGGGCUCCGUGCAAGAUCUACCUUGUAGGGUCUCGAUCCUAAGAAUGGUGAGGAAUCAGCCAAGAACUACACGGGGGGAGCUGGUUAAUGACCUGAAAGGAGCUGGGACCACCAUGUCCAAGGUUACUGUUGGUAAUACACUAACAUGUCAUGGUUUAAUAUCAUGCUUAGCAUGAAAGGUUCCAUUGCUUAAACCAGCCCAUAUCCAAGCCUGUUUUAAGUUUGCCAAUGACCAUUUGGAUGAUCCAGAGGAGUCAUGUGGUAUUAUGAGAUCAAAAUUGAACUCCUUGGUCUUAAUUCCACUCAUUGUGUUUGGAGGAAGAAGAACGAUGAGUACCAUCCCAAGAACACCAUCCCUACUGCGAAGCAUGGGGUGGUAACAUCAUGCCUUGGGGGUGUUUUUCUACAUAUGGGACUAGACGACGGCACUGUAUUAAGUAGAGGAUGACCAGGUCCAUGUAUUGUGAGAUUUUGGAGAAUAACAUUCUUCCCUCAGUUUAGAGCAUUGAAGGCCAGUACUUACUGGGUCUUCCAACAUGACAAUGGCCCAAAGCAGACAGCCAGAAUAACCAAGGAGUGGCUUCGUAAAAAGUGUAUCAAGGUUCUGGAGGGUUCUAGCCAGUCUCCAGACUUAAACCCAAUAGAAAAUCUUUGGAGGAAGCGCAAACUGUUUCUGAGUGACAGCAAAUAAACCUGAUUGAUCUAGAGAAGAUCUGUGUGGAGCAGCGGUGCAUAAUCCCUGCUGCAGUCGGUGCAAACCUGGUCAAAAGUUACAGGAAAUGGUUGAUCUCUGUAAUUGUAAUCAAAUGCUACUGUCCUAAAUAUUAACACCGAUUUUCUGUUGUUCCGGUGUUCAAAUACUUAUUUGCAGCGGUGUGAUACUAAUAAAUUGUUUUUUUUUUAAAAACCACUGUGAUUUCUGGAUUUUUUUUUGAUUGGCUCUCACAGUGGACAGGCACCUACCAUGAAAAUCUAAAAUGCACCCAUCGUAUCUAAAUGGUAAAACUUGUCAAAUCACAGGGUGUUGAAAUACUUAUUUUUUCCCCCAAUUAAUGUUGGAGUAAUGUUUCAGUAUGUUUUCCGGGAUUAUUUUUCCGAAUACUUGUCAAAUGUUCCAAUAUAAUAACGAAUUAUUUUGAAACAUUUUUCAGUUCUUUCAACUAUUUUAUUUGUAUUUUUUCCCCAACUGAAUGCAGUACGCUUCCGUAGAAACAAGCACAAUUAUAUUGCACAUGAAUAGCUGUAUGGUCAUGAAUGUUAGCCACUUAUUUUUGGCUCAUCACACUGCAUUAGUUGUUUCACCUAUCACAGUGCCAUAAAAAUAUGCUGAAUUAGUUUUAUGAAUGUUAUAAGUGAAGCUAAUUUUCCAAUCCUGUGACUGCACGACAAUGCUGUAUGAAAGAUGAAGGACUGAACGCUGCUGUCUGUUUCAAAGAAGGAAAAAUAUGCAUGAUUUUGCACAACUGGGACUUCAGUACACACUAUUUUGAUGUCAUACCACAUGCCUUGUUCUUUUUAAAUCAUAAAAUGUUAUGACUAUUUGAAUUGACAGUGAAUGAUGUUUUAGCAAUUUUUUUCAAGGUAUAACAAUUUUUGUUUGCUUUGCUCCUUAUAUUAUUCUUUACCAAUUUAUCGGUUUUGUCUUAAAAUGGUCUUCUUCAGUGAAAGUAUUUAGAUGAUCGUACUGUAUAUGAAGCGUGCAGCAGUGGUUCAAACCAUGCUCACUGCAAGGACAAAACUAUACGAGCUGCCACAAUCAGCUACUCACUAGUUUGAAUGUUUUUAAAUCAAAUUGCCUUCUAUGAUCAUCUUACCGACAAAUAUUUGAUUACUGUUGUUUUUGAUGAAAGCAGACUAAUCUUGGUAAAUAUUAAAGGUAAAGAAUCUUUGAGUUAGCGGGGGUUUGAUUAGUAGAGAUGAUAUCAACAAAUUCCGUGCAGUUUUUUAGUUGUUUCAGGGUUCUGGAGUGGCUAUGCAAAGUCAAUGGUGUCUGCUUGGCAUACAAUCAAAAAACAACAUUUGCACACAUGAGAAUCACCAAUGAUACUAGUACAUGCAAUCAACAGUGUUGGCUAUGUUUUAAGGAUAAAGUUAAUUAAACUUACCAAUUUCCAUGUAAAUAAUUGUAGUAUGAACAGCAACAUUUCUAAUCCAGCAGCUCAGCAGGGGACAGGCUUUCUAGGCAAGCAGGGCAGUGAUAUUUUUUUCACCGCUGAUUAUUUUGUGGGAACGAAAGAGACUCCCCAGCAGACUGCGCACGAGUGGCCGAAGCACUCCUCUGUUGCAGUUGCAUUACAUAUCUAGGGGAAAAAAAUAGUCCUGCAGAAUGAAAUAAAUUAAAGCAGUUUGGUGUAACACAGUAGCUACAUGGGUAUCUCGAACAAUGAUCUGCAUUUUUAAUUUGACUGUUAACGGGCAUGAAAAUGGGUCAGGGGUUACAAAGGUGAGAAGGGUGUGGAGGAAAUAUGUUCCUGUACUCUAUACAACCCAAAAAAAUAUUGAGCUCUGUCGACCCACACUGUGUUUCAGCAGGGCAGUGCAGAGACCGGUGCUCAUAGAUCAAAAGGGGCACAUGAACAAGUAUUAAAUACACCUUACAACAACAUAACUUCAAUUUUAAUCAGCUUUAGAUUAUAAGUGGCUGUGACAUACUUUAAUUGGGAGGGGGCAACAGUGAAUAGAAAUCAACACUGUCAUCAACACUUUCUGGCUGUGACUCAGUCACUGCCUCUUUUCUUCCUUCAACCUCUACAUCAAAACUUCAACUUGUUGCUCAUCUGAGAACAAACCACAUCAGAUGGUCACUGAGCCACCAACAGCAGUUUUCUCAAAACUAUUAUUUCAUUAUCAUCAAUAUUUGACAACUCUAGCGCCUAAUAAUUAAUAAAGCAAUGACAUAAAAUCUUAUAAAUAACAUUGUAAUUGUGUUUAUAAUUGUAUUUUAUACCCGACUAUCCUUGCAAACUGUUAUUCUUACUAAGUGUGCUAUUCUCCCAGCUAAUGAGGUAUCCACUGCCUUUAGCAGCCUCAUCCAACUCCUUUUUUUCCAUCCCUCAAUCUCCUUUCCUUACUAGGCAUGUUUACAUAAUGAAAUAUAAAUCUUAAAUUCAAACAGACUUCCCGGUGGCAUUUAUUUUUAAAGCUUUCUUAAUAUCUUUCUCAAUAACUAUUGAAGUAGAUUUGUGUCUUUAUUAUUCAAUCCCAAAAACAAGUUGCUUCGAUCAAAAACAAAGGUGCUUCAAUCAAAAUAUAUAUUUUCAAUCCCAAAAAAAGUCACUUCAAAAUAAAAAUAAAAAAUGUGUUUGAAUGCAAAAAUAAAUUUGAGUUAAAAAAAAGCAUUUGAAAACUAUUUUUUUGAUUGAAACAACUUUUUUGUUUGAAGUAAUGUUCUGCGUUUUGGCCACAUUUUGGCUAGGACAUUUGUGUCUUUAUUAUUCAAUCAAAAAGAUAAGUUGCUUCAAACAUAUAUUUUUUAAAAAUUCACUUUAAAAAAAAAAAAAAAAAGUCAUAGAAAAAGUUUGCGCAUGUGUCAAUCAUUGUUUAAGUGAGCAGCUUGAGAGGAUUCAACUACUAUGAAGCAUUUAAUAAAGCCAAUCAUUUUACUACUACUAUAUUCUUGUUUAAAAAUAAUUCGGUGGGACAGUAACAUGUUUAAAACUUUUAAUUAUUACUUUUUGAAGUGCUUAAAAACCAUUUAUCAAUUAUACUUUGGGGACAAACGACUGAAAAAACAUGUCAUGUUAUAUAAUGUAUAUAUUUUUUAAAUCUCCCGACCCACCCCAAAAAAAAUGUUCUCCUCGAAUCUACACAAUUCACGUAGGUCACUCUUUUUGACUUCAAAACAGCGAAUUUCGCCGAAAGGUGAGACAUUUUCAUGCCUGUGUUAAAUAUGUUAAUAUUUUUACUGGCAUGCUAAGCAGGUGCCAUUGACUUGUGCUAGCUUAGCACUCUGGAGACCUGAAACUUAAUAACUGACAACUGCGUUAAACUCCCCACUAACUCGAAGAUUAAGCCUAAUGUAAAAAAAUCUGAACUUCCCUUUUAAACACUAUUUUGGAAAAUGUUUUUAGUUCUACUGCACAUUGACAGCUAACAACUUUAACCCAUAUUAAUAAAACGGCGAAUAUUCUAAUUUAUAUAUGGCGGAAAACACAAGACUGAAAAAGAAGUUUCUGCUCUUGCACCCUUCUUUAAAAUAAACUGUAUUUUAAGCCAAAACAACUGUUGUGUUUGAUAGAACAUUAUGUUUAUAUGGUCCCAUAGCACAUGGCGCAUUAGCCCCCGAACUAUUUUUAAUUUGUCUGUCUUACCCUGAAAACCCCCGUUUACAGACGUCACGCAACCACUUUUGUUUCAACCCAGCCAUAAAAACAAUUAUAUUAUUCAAAAUGUCAUUUUUAGUUUAGAAUCAUUAAUCGAUGUGUAAGAUUUAGUUAAAAA